AUGGAAUUCAUACUCAGUCAACAGCAUUAUACAGAUAUCAAGACGACAAGCAGGAAUUCUGCUCAUAUGUUACUACUGUCAUCUAAAGUAGAUGCAAAGCAACGGAAAUGCAGAUUAAUCGUAGCUGAUAACUCUGGCGAAAUACAUUUAUUUCAUUACAUCAAUGAACUAAAACACUUCAAAUUCUCUGUGGAACCACCUAUUACAUGUAUUCGGUUGGGAUUAGAUCAAAAUGAUGCGAAACAAAGGAUAUUCAUUUGUCAUAAUUAUAAAAUAUCUGUAUUUUCACUUAAAGGAAAACAGAUUUUCCAGCAUAAUUCGAAUAUUCAAGGUUAUGUGAACUCAAUGUUUAUACAAACAGCAGAUAUUUAUUGUGCUGUUGGAUGCAUGUUUCAAAAGUUAACCAAUUUCAAGGAUACAGAAUUCCUUUUACUACCAGAUUUUAUCACAAGUAUUUAUGUGAUCCAAGAUGGUAUUGUUUGUUCACUGCCACUUGUUGUACUCACGUGUAAAGACAAAUUAAUACGUGUAUUAAAAAAUGGAGCAGUCUCCUGUGAAUUGGAAGUUUCAAGUUCUCCAGUAUGCUUGAAUGUAGCAGAUAAAAGUUAUCCGCUGAAUUAUUUAAUGUAUGGAACAUUCGACGGGCAGUUUGGCCUUAUCAAAGUAACCAGUAAAACUAUAUCAAAGAUAUGGGAAGUCUCAUCGAAAUCUGGUUCAGAUGAAGUCCUAUCUCUUGAACAUUACAAUAUGUUCGAUAAUAGUGGUGGACACGAGGAAUUAAUUGUUUCCUAUACAGGAGGGAGAAUUGAAUUGUAUACUUAUGAUCAGAAUCAAUAUCCUUCACUGAUUUAUGAAACUAAUGUUAACCACCAUUUAACAUAUGUAAAGGCAUGUCGAUUUUCUAAUAUCAACUACCCUGAACUUUUAUGUGUCACCUAUACUGGUAUGAUUUUCGGUUUAACAACUGAACCAAUCAGAAAAAGAACAACAGAUAUCCAUCGACCUGAUUCAAUGCAGUUACAAUUCACAUCAAAGUUGGAUAAGUUAAAUGACGAAAUUUCGGAACUGGAAAGUCAACUAAACCAAAUGAAAAACAAUCAAAAUUCAAUUAAAAAAGAGCAGAUUGUUUUAAUACCAUUAGAAUUGGAUUAUAAAUAUUAUUUGAAUAAAGAUUUAUCUGCAUAUUGUUUAAAUUUAGAGACACAAAUACCAAUUGAUCAUAUAUUGGUACAAAGUGAUUGUUAUAUUGACUUACUAGAUAUUGAAGAGAAUACAGCUGUAUGUAGUCCAAGUGUAUGCAAAAAAACUGAUAGAAAUGUAAUAUUGACCACUUAUAGAUGUCAAAUAAACACAACACACUUUGAAAUUCAAUUUCGUACUAUUGAAGGUCAAUAUGGUCAGGUACUGGUAUAUGUUGUGCCAAAAAUGAAUAUAUCCACUGUAACAGCAUGUAAAUCGAUCAGAUUGUUUAUUCAUCCAUUAUCAUUGCAUCGUUUAUUUCAUCAUGUUGAUGAUGAUUAUGGUGAUAAUAAUGUAGACAGAAAUAGGCUUUGGAAUACUCUCCUAUUAACUGGACGCUUCCAUAUAUCUGAAAUUCAUAACUGGUUGUCUAUUUGCCUACCGGAAGUACCUGAAAGACCAAAAAUAAUCACACCAAAUGAUAAUUGUGAUGAUCAAGAAAUAACAGAAUGUGCUCAAUUGUUUCAUGAGUCGAUAUACUUCAAAACUCAUAUACAGUCAGAUAAUAUAUCUACUAUUGCUAUAUUGAAGGACGUUUUAACCAAAGAGGCAACCAAACGAAAAAUUCAACUCACAAUUAAGUUAGAUAUUCAUCCAAACAGCGUUGAAUUAAUGCUAAGAAAAAUAGAUCCAGAAGUUAUAUAUCUUAGAGAUUUAGAAGAAAAAGUAGUAUUAAUUGAGCCUAUAACAGAAAUGAUUUCAAACAAGAUUCAAUGUUUCAAUGCAGUUAAUAAAAACGGGGAAAAGUAUACAACAUUGAUAACUAAUAAAUAUGGGAAUCCAUUUCCAGAAUGUUUACCUUUAGAAUAUGCACAAAUAUGGCAAAAUGGAAAGAAAUUAAAACAAGAAUUCAAGCAUAAAUCAUAUCAAUUAAAAAUUUAUUAUGUUAAGUUGAUUAUCACGCUGUUUAUAUUUGAUUACUAUUUACUAGAAUAA